GGGAUAUAUAAACAAGAUGACAUCGACCAACCACAACUUUGAAUCGACAGCUAACAGCUACAACUUCGACCAGCGAAUCAUCUCUUGUCUUCUACCCAAAUCGUCAACCAUGCCUGCCAAGAUCGGUGUCAUCUACUAUUCGACCUACGGUCACGUCGGUCAGCUCGCCGAGGCCGUCCAGGCCGGGCUCGAGAAGACCGGAGCCGAGGUCAAGAUGUUCCAGAUCCAAGAGACCCUCUCUGAAGAAGUCCUCGGAAAGAUGUACGCCGGAGGUAGCUUGAAGCCCAAGUACCCUAUCAUCACCCCGAACGACCUCAAGGAGCUCGACGGAUUCCUCUUCGGUUUCCCCACCCGGUACGGCCGUGCCCCCGCUCAGGUCUCUGCGUUUUUCGACCAGACCGGAGGAUUGUGGGCUAGCGGAGCUUUGAUCGGCAAGUUUGCUGGGGUGUUCACUUCGACCGGAGGACAACACGGAGGACAGGAGACUACCGCUUACACUACCAUCCCCUUCUUUGUACACCACGGGAUCUCGUUCGUUCCUCUCGGAUACGCUAAUGCCGGUCUGUCCGUUCUCGACCGGGUCGAGGGAGGUGCCCCCUGGGGAGCCGCUACGAUCGCCGGCGGUGAUGGGUCUAGGCAGCCUAGCGAGACCGAGUUGAGCAUCUGUACUUACCAGGGCCAAGAGUUCGGCAAGCACGUUGGCACUUUUGUCCGUGGAAAGGAAUUGGCGUGAGUUGGGUCGUCUUGUCGACGCUCGUCCCAAGUUUCGAGGGGAUCGGUCCAGGGGUCAGGGCGGGGGAGGAUUGCAUGCAUAUCAUUAGGGUAGUCGUGGGGCGAGUGAGCAGAGCGGGGAAGGCAGGGAAUGAGGAUGGACUAGAGAGACUACCCUUUAAUGCUAUGCUGUACAUCCUACCCCAUCAUGCAAAGAAUUUAGACGAAGAAACAUUUCUGGAUCCUCUCUUUCCCGUCUUUGCGAUCCGACAUUCAGCGCAUUGAAGAUCGACAGACUGACCCGUUCCACUCUUUCCGCAUCAUUGAUAGCGCCGCCGCUGCCGCCCGAGCCG